UGUCUACUGUGUGUGCCAAAGGGUGCUCCGCUCUUACCAAUGCGAUUAAUGAACACAACGAACCAAUUGAGGGAACACUAAACAAACAACCUGCUUUUCCUUUUCGUCUGUGUUUUAAUACGGACGAGCUUCGCGUCUGCAAGGAAUCAUCCCUUUGCACGAGCACAAAGGAAAAUUAAAAAGGCAAGCAAAGGUCUGUUGUGGAAUGUCACAACUUCCUUAAGCGAUCCAGCACUUUACCCUCAGCUUAAUCACCUGACUGCGGUCCUGCUGUCUGAUUGGAUCCAAUUUUGAGGAUCUCGAGUGAAAAUCUCCAACUAAGCUUGUGAACACCAGUGAGAGCCGAAGCGUUUCCUCCACUGCUCAUCUCCUGAAAGGACAACAGUGGUGAUCAGUCUGCUCUGGGUCAUGCUGUGUGGCUGACUUCUAUGCUCUAGCUGAAAUGAGGUUGGUGAUUUUGGGGUCGCGGCCCCUCUUGGCCUUGACCCUCACGCUUACCCUCACCUGCCUAAAACAUCUGUGCCAUGGUGCGACACCCUUUCCUCAGGACCUGGAGCCCAUCAGCACCGUCGGUAGUGAACGCACCUACCUGUACCCCAGUUUCCAGGGGAACAUGUCAGAUAACGACACCGCCAGACUGGGGCUGGAUUUUCAGAGGAUGCUGCGGAUUAACCACAUGGUCUACAUUGCUGCGAGAGAUCACGUUUUUGCCAUUAACCUCAGCGCUUCAGCGGAGCGUAUCGUCCCCCAACAGAAACUGACAUGGAAGACAAAGGAUGUGGAGAAAUGCACAGUCAGGGGGAAAAACAGCGAUGAGUGUUACAACUACAUCAAAGUGCUGGUGCCACAUAACGAUGAAACUCUCUUUGCGUGUGGAACCAAUGCGUUCAACCCCACAUGUCGCAACUACAAGAUGUCUUCUCUGGAACAGGAUGGAGAGGAGGUGGUCGGUCAAGCCCGUUGCCCUUUCGAAUCCCGCCAGUCCAACGUUGGCCUGUUUGCCGGCGGUGACUUUUAUUCAGCCACAAUGACAGAUUUUCUAGCAAGUGAUGCAGUGAUUUACCGAAGUUUAGGAGAAAGCAGUCCUGUCCUGCGUACUGUAAAAUACGACUCAAAAUGGCUACGAGAGCCUCAUUUUCUUCAUGCCAUUGAGUACGGGAACUACAUCUACUUCUUUCUCAGCGAGAUUGCAGUAGAGUACACCACCCUUGGCAAGGUGGUGUUCUCUCGGGUCGCUCGCGUGUGUAAGAAUGAUAACGGUGGCUCUCCAAGGGUUCUAGAGCGCUACUGGACGUCUUUCCUGAAAGCCCGGUUAAACUGUUCGGUUCCGGGUGAUUCAUUUUUCUACUUUGACGUUCUUCAGUCAUUAACCAAUGUCAUGCAGAUCAACCACAGGCCUGCGGUUUUAGGCGUCUUUACCACUCAAGCCAACAGUAUCACCGGUUCUGCUGUAUGUGCAUUCUACAUGGAUGACAUAGAGAAAGUGUUUAAUGGGAAGUUUAAGGAGCAGCGAAACAGCGAGUCAGCCUGGACGCCAGUUCCUGAUGAAAUAGUGCCCAAACCACGGCCAGGGUCCUGUGCUGGUGACGGCCCUGCUGCUGGUUAUAAGUCCUCCACAGAUUUCCCUGAUGAAACUCUUACAUUCAUUAAGUCUUAUCCACUAAUGGAUGAGGCCAUACCGUCUGUCAACAACCGACCCUGCUUCACACGAACCACCAGCAGGUUCAAGCUGACCCAGAUAGCUGUGGACACAGCAGCUGGCCCAUAUAAGAACUACACGGUUCUGUUUCUGGGUUCAGAAAACGGACGAGUCCUGAAGAUUCUCGCCAGCAUGCACCCAAACUCCACCUACAGCACGCAGGUUUUGGAGGACAUAGAUGUUUACAACCCCAACAAGUGUGAUGUGCGUGGUGAGGACCGGAGGAUUCUGGGAUUGGAGUUGGACAAGGAUCAUCAUGCUCUGUUUGUGGCGUUCUCAAGUUGCGUGAUCCGCGUUCCACUCAGUCGCUGUUCUGACUAUGGCAUCUGCAAAAAGAGCUGUCUGUCCUCACGAGACCCUUACUGCAUCUGGCUGAGUGCGGGGAACUGUGCCACAGUGGCGCCGGGAUUCAAGUCUGGAUUUGAGCAGUAUGUAGAGAGUGGAUAUCCUCAGUACCCAGACAGCUGUCAUGAUGUCUUGGCCACGACUCGCAAGCAGAACCCUGCGGUGGACUCGGCGUACGGAAAGACCUCACCCACAAGCGCCAGCACAACCAAUCAGGGGCCAGCUCUGCCUAAAGUCAAGGGUGUCUCUGAGACAGGUACCCGCCCCGAGGAGGGGAGGCGGGGAGGGCAGGGUUCUCCUGACUUGAAGCCAGGCAGUGUGGAGAUGGAGGGAGUGCGCCGACCCCCUGAGGUAGAUAAGUCCAACCACAGUGUUCACUACACUCUGCUCAUUGCGUGUGUUCUGGUGGCGUUUGUCCUGGGAGCUUUCCUCUCCGGAUUCCUUGUGUCCUGUUACUGCAACCACAACGUGAACAAGACCAAAAGGCUGUCGAAAGAUCCAGAAGCACCAAUCCCACAUGCUCUAUCCCUGCGCAGCCUGGCCAAGCUAAACGGCUUGCUGGAGAGCCAAAACAAAGACGAGAAGCUGGAGGUAUCUUCACCCAAACUCUACAACUCUUUCUUUGCGAAUGGAAAAGAGCAGGCGCAUCGCAGGAAUGCCCAUCAUGCUGCCAUGACAGAACUCAUUCACCCACAUCAUCACCACUCUGCAGAGCUCUCUGGCCUUCCCACGCCUGAUUCGACGCCAGAGCUCCCGAUCAAGAGUAUGAAGGCCUUCAAGAACCAAUGGGAGAAGAAUCAAAACUGCAAUAAUGCUAAAGAACCCAAGUCCCAUAACAUGGGAGCAUCUCGGCCAACCACUGGAAUGCAGCAUCAGAUUUUCCCCUUCUCCCAAGGACUGACCAACGGACAAGUACUAGGUAGCUCAGCACACAUGGAGGAACGCAAAGUCCACAAUGUGGAGCGUGUGGCAAGCCAGCCAUAUCACUGCUACCCACACAAGAUUGUGGAUGUCACCUCACUCGACGAGCUUCUGAAACACAUCCACGAAAUCAAUGUGGCUACAGGCAAGAGUCCCACUGUCCUCACCUCGUCAAUGUCAGCCAACACCGGUCAGAUGGUGUUCGCAAACCGCAUACAGCCGCAGAUCCCGGAAACAGAGUCUGCACCGUACUACAGUUCCUCCACGCUUCCUCGGGACAGUCUAACUCGCCGCAUGGAUGUCCCACCAGAGAUUCCUCCCCAUCAUCAAUCUACUCUAGAGAGAGUGUCCCGUCACCCGUCUCAACGGCACUCUUUGAUAACCACUCCCAAGAUGCCCAGCGGGGGCGUGGUGCCACGGCAACACAGCUUCAACCAGCGCAGCGCCCAUCAGCCCCUCCUGCUCUCUCGAAUGAACUCGAACGGCAGCAGUUCGGGUUGCGACGUACGGCACCCACUCAUCCCUAACGGAUACCUAACUCGCCAACAUAGCUACAGCGAGCAGCCAGAAGUCGUCCGUGGAGCUAUUGUCCGUCGGACAGCCUCGCUCAAGCCCGACGUCCCGCCCAAACCGCUGUUCAUCCCUGCUAGCUCGCCUGUCAACCAGGCAGGGAAGUUCAACUACUGAACGAUGGAGAAGAAAAGCCUGUGGUUUUUCGUAAAAAGGCUACUCGACCUCUCAGAACUGAUUGUAAUCAUGAACAAUUAAAAGACUGGAUGAAUAACUUGCCUUUAUGGGAAACAAAUCCUCUGGAGAUUGGCUGCCAGUGUUGUUGACUUUACAUUUGAACUAUGACUUGUUUUUCUCUGUUUCAUGAAUAUAUUUGUACCAUAUUGGUAUUGCUCAGCUAUUGGCCAUUAGGAGAGGAGGAGUUACAGGAGUCCACCUAGAUUUAGGCUGCCACAGUGAUAAGUGUGUGGCUUUACGGUGUUACUUUGGACGGUCUAGACAGGUGUCACUGAUCCAAAACUCUGUACCUGAACUUUUAUCUGAACAAGUGUGUACACACCUUGUUUGAUAUUCUGAUCUUUCUUGCUUUGGCUUAACUAUUCUGUUGAUGUAGAGUUGAUGAACUGUGCUGAUUCCAAUUAGAAAUGUGUAUAUAUGCAUGCGUGUGUGCGUGUGUGUGUAUAUAUAUAUAUAUAUAAAUAUAUAUGUAUGUGUGUGUACAUAUACAUACCCAGUGUAUGUAUCUAGAUUACUGAAAUGGUUUAGCCCCCUCAAGUUCCUUCGCCUUAUUUUGAAAGCAGAUGUGCUGUUGAAAUGCCCACACAACUUGAAGUGAUCUCUGUAAAAUCCAUAAGCAAUAAUCUCCACCCCAUUCUGUCCACUCCAGUGUAAUGCAGUUAUAACAACUCAAACUCAAUAAAGUUUAAAUUCAGAUUAAAUAUGGCUAGAGAAACAGUACAUCUGAACGCUCGGGCCCAAGUGAGGUGAAUCAGUCUUAGUGUUAUAAAGGAGAUGUAUGUAUAUACCUAAGAAGAAUCUAUUAUUUGUCUAUACGCUCCAGAAUCAGUGUGAGGUGCUCCAGUAUUUAACCUUUGUCUCCUCUGUUAAAAUCAUUCAAUUGGUGAAAGUGAAUCCAAAUUUUUAAAUCUCUUACAUUGGAAACAUCAAACACUGUGUCCAAUCCAGGUGUGAUAAACCGAUAAAGCUAUCUCUUCUAUGUAAAUCUUAAGUUUUUGUCUUGAACCAUCCAUGACCACUUUGUGUUCUAUUAUAUAUAGCUCCACCCACAGUGAAAUCUGAUUGGUCUAAACUUCUGCUCCAUAAACAUCAUUGGCUCUGCCAUGAAGCAGUUUGACACACUGAAACAGGUCGCACCUGGAUAGGACACGGCAUAAGAGUCCAGAACAAAAAGAUUUCUUACUCUUGUCCUGAGUUAUUCCUAUAUUGUGUUAAAAUGUAUCGAUAUUAACACUAAAACUGUUUUGUGUAAAUAGAUGAACAAUAACUAGCCAAAUUUUAAUUGUUUGUGUAAAUUUGUGCCUUAUUUAAUAUGAUGUGUUAAGGGGGGCGGCAGAGUGGGAGAGGGGACAUAAGGAAAGGGCAGAGAGGCCGUCAUUUAUCUUUUUAUUUUUAAUAUUUGUAUUUUUUUUAAGCUUGGUUGUCUGUAUGUCAUAACUGUUGUAGAUAUAUAUUUCUAGAUACUUUUGAUAUCCCCAGGCUGUGACGCUUUUGCAUUUUGGAACAGCAUCUACAUAGUUUUCCCUCCAAAGAGACAUCUAUCCAUCUAUCUAUCUGUCAUCUAUCCAUCUAUCUAUCUAGCUAUCGUUCUACCACUCU